CCGCCAUCCUUUUGCCUUUCUUGUUCUGAUCUUGAACUUGCUGCGGCUAAUAAUCGAUCAUCAUUAUGCUGGGCACUCUUGUCGGAUCCGCCAUGCUUAUGGUCGCGACCGCGAUCUUCCUCUACUAUACGACGUGGACUUUGCUGAUGCCCUUCGUUGAUCCCGGCCACCCGCUCCACGACCUUUUCCCUCCGCGCGUUUGGGCUAUCCGCAUCCCCGUCUUCCUCACUCUGCUGGGGUCCGCCGUGGUGGGCACCUUCAUAGGCAUUGUGAUGAUCAACAGCAACAAGAAGAAGGCGGCCAAGGCGCAGGCGGCUGCCGCAAAGAAGAAGACUUGAGAUGUGAGCUCACGCCCGGGCCUGGGGGGGCUACGUGGCAUUAGUGGCGAUCGGUUGUACUUAUAUUCUCUGUAAAGUUGGCAAUACAAAUUUCUGCAAGUGGAGUCUUGAAUUGGGGUCUUUAAUGGGUAGCAGGCUUCCUGGUUGGUACCUUUCGUGUGGAGAGCCUGGUGAUGAAUAGGACAAGUCAAUGCAAGCUCCGGCAACCGUGAUGGGAACGGCUCAUAUUAAAUGCCAGUGAACGACCAGUUGCCUCACUAUAAGGCUGGUGGCAAGCACAGGUCAAGAUUUCUGGAGUUACCUGACUGUUUGCCGUAAGCCUGCCGUCAGUGUUGUUCAGGCACCACGCUUGUGGUAUUCAAGACCAUAGUGUUCCAGCCCGUGCACACAAAGAGUGGAGCCAAGUAGGCAACUGUCACGUGCUCGAAGCUGCGGUCUUCUGGGAU